AUGCCGGAUCGGGAAGAGGUUCCGCGGAGCCGGUUAACCUCUUACCUGCCAGCCACUGUCUCCCCUUUCGGGGGGGAGGAGGGCAGAGGAGGAGGCAUUCGUUACUGUUACAUAACGGUUACCUGGAGCAUUGCACAUGUUCCCAAACCAGGGAUGCCUCUAGACCGCAGAUCCUGCAUGAUGUUACACACCAUAGUCAGUGUGCAGCGAGCUGGAGUGGCCAUAGGGGGCAGUGCUCUGAUUGCCACUGGAGGCCUCCUGAGGAUCUCAGCUAGGAAACAGGAUCCCUUGCGACCCCAAAGCCAAGUCCCCAAACGCAAACGCAAGGCCAAAAAGAAGCGCAAGAAUGACGUGGUGGUGGUGAAAGGCAAGCUCAAGCUGUGCUCCGUCUCAGGGCUCAUCGCCCUCUGUGGCAUCCUGGUACUGCUCGUGGGCAUUGCCUUGGCUGUGGUGGGCUACUGGCCAAAGCCCAGCCAGGUGUACAGAGAAGGCAGCUCCAGCGGGGGCCGGCACCUGGCACCACAGGCCGGCCCCCCCCAAGACCGGUCUUGGAACCCAGAAGGGGCGUCCCCCCAGGGCGCGAUGGGUGUCCUUUUUCAGCUUUUCUCAAGCUACUUGCAUUCAGACAAGCUGAAGGUGUUGGGCCCUCUCAUCAUGGGUAUCGGCAUCUUCCUCUUCAUCUGCGCCAAUGCGGUGUUGCACGAGAAUCGCGACAAGAAGACCAAGAUCAUAAACCUGCGUGACCUCUACUCCACUGUCAUCGAUGCCCACAGCCUGCGGGCCAAGGACAGAGGCACCCCGGCCUCAGCCCCUCUCAAUGGCUUUGUCAAUUACAUGCAGUCCCGGGGCCUGGAGCUAAAGCCUGGCGCUGAAGGCCUGGGUGCUGCGGCCAUGCUGGCCAAGAGCUCCUGGCCACCAGGACUGGGUGUCUCCCUUUCACCGCCAGACCUGGCGUCCUCACCACGGCGUUCCUCCUUCUGCGCCCCACCACAGCCACCCAGCCUGGGAGGCUGUGGGACAAGGAAGCACAAGCUGGUUCUCAGGCGGCAGAGCACGAGCUGCUUGCCCGAUGCCAGGUGUCCCCUUUUCCCUGAGUCACUUCAGUCCCCAGCUGUCAGCAGGGGCCUGGACUCCAGCCUCUUGGUAGAGGCAUCUUCUAGCUUCUCCAAAUCUCUGGAUCUUGAGGGGUCCCCCCCCUCAACUCCUCCUGCUGUCACCAGGACAGACUCCCAGAGCUCCCAGUCUGAGCCUUCAAGCAGCAAUAAGGGCUACAGCCACCUGGAGGAGGCAGGCACCUCCUUGGAGUCAGUUGCCAACACCCCAGCCACUAAAAUCCAGGACUGUGAGGAGGAGCCAGUCGGAAAUUUGGACCCCCUCAAGGCCACCAGCAGAGAACAAACAGGGGUGCAAUCUCAGCAAACACAAAGACAGUACACAAAUAAAGAGAAACUCUUUAUGAUUUCUAGGUCGCACACUGCAUUAGGGCUGGAGGAUGGGGAACUGGAGAGUACCGACAUCUAGACAGAACAGAGAAGGCAAGGGGACAUCUUGCAACCCUCCACAGCUUCCCCCCUUCUCCACCUCAUUGUGGACUUAGGAAACCGAUCAAUAUCCAAAGAGCUGCAAUAUGUUACCCUUGAAAAUUGAAUUCUAUAAAUCCUGUAAAUGACUUCAGGAAGAAAAAGAAAAUCCUUUCUGUCCGAUCGUGAUUGUAUGUUCCAUGCAAGCCAAAUUGUAUUAAAUAUCCACAGUCGAGCAAGUUCUUUGGAUCAGAUUAAUACAAUUUCGGACAGUGUAUCUGUGCACUUUACUGUUUUUAUUUCCAAGUGCCCCUUCUUCUCCUCUGAUUUCUUUCUUGCUGAUUUGCCACUAACUGCUUGAAAACUGCAAGCACCUUUUUAAGCUCAAGAGCAACGUGGUCUUCAGAUCAAGAAAGCUGAGCUCUCUCUUUGUUUUGGUUCAAUUACUAAAAAGUUAGCAAGGCCUUAAGGAUGACGUACCUUGACAAAGAAUGAGUUUUUUUAAAUUCUGGGAAAAAAAUACAGUUUAGAAGAGACAGGAGCAGAACAGAGCUCUGAUGAUUUGAUUAAAACCAUUACAUUCCUGAAUCCAAAAUACCUACUACUACAUGAUACUUUAAUAAGUAUUAUUAAACAUGUAUUGACUAAUAGCAUUAGAAGAUUUUUUUUAAAAAUAAAACAUUUACAAACAAAACUACCACACA